CUUUGAAUGGAGUAACUUUUGUGUGAAGUCUAAACUGCUUAAUUACACAGCCUGUAAAUGGGAAAACUAUCGACUGGGUGAAUGAAUGCACUGCAUUUGCUCCCUCACCCUUCCCUGAACUGCACAAGGGAGGAAGGAGGAGACCAAGCUGAGCAGCAGGGAAGGAGAGGCUGCAGUCUGAUAGACCCAGAGGGACGCAGGAGAGCACAGUGGGUAUUGAAGCCAGUUUCUCUCUUACUUUCUCUCCCCUUGACUUCCUCCUUACAGGUCCAGGAGCUCUGGUUUUCUCCUCUUCCUCAUCCCUCUGGGAGCAGCUGCUGUGAGAACUGAGUCUGUGUAUAAGGGAUGGCUAAGAACCCACACUUUCAUCCUCGGGCUUGAGACAAUCUUUAUGUGCCAUUCCCAUCCUUAGCCUUUUGAAGCUCUUUCUUAUGAAGAAGCAGCCACACAGAGAGGCUGGCCAUUGCCAGCCAAUCCACUCUGGCCACGGGAAAGUCAAGACCAAGCUGCCUGGAUGUGGCAGUCUGAAUGAAUAAGAUGCACUCUCUAGCAUCUUCAUCCAUGAGAUCUAGGGAGGAAACAGUCUAAAGCCUUUAACAGAAUGGAUGGGAAACCUUGCUGGCAUUCAAAGAGAGGCAGAGUAAGAGGCAUGGGUUCCCUCACAACCCAUUUUGCCCCUUCCAAAUCCUACCAAAUAAGACUCCAUUGUAACAUGGCCUAGGGGUAGAGGCCAUCUUUCUGGAGAAGCACCUAUAAUGUGUUCAUUAGAUGCUCAUUGAACAUAGUUGUAAUUUAUUGACAUUUUGAUGUACCCCCUUUCUAGUUAUCCUCCCCCUUUCUUGACACAAAUAAAUAUAAAUUACAGAAUCUUUUUUCUUUUUCCCUCCAGGGAGGCUUGGAGCAAAGAUUCUGGGUUGCAAUUCCCUGUAUAUUGUGUAUCUUUAAUACUAUGAUCUUCCGGUUCUUUUCAUAGGAGCUAAUGGCGGGUGUUCCCAGGACUCCAUGAGAGGGUUUCCCACUCACUGGGCAUGGGUAGACUUUCCCUCCCCUGUUACUAUCACUAUGCCAUGAAGAGAGCUGCAGCCCCACCCUUCCAGGUUGCAAAUGUGAGUCUGUGGGGGAAUUAACAUUGGGAUACAGCCUAAACGCAAAGCUCUCAAGACAUUUAAAAAUACUUCAUUUCCCCCACUCUCAGUAGAGGUUGAAAUUGGCAAAUGUAUCUUCAUGGAUAGAGAAAAUAUGGAAUUCCCCCCCCCCCAUUAAAUAGCUGUUGAGGGGAGUCAGAUGCUGUGUACAGGGGAGGGGUGUGUUGGGCCAGGGUGUGAUUUCUUUUUGAUGAAAUACACUGCGCAGGUCAGCCCGGUGAACAGAAAUGAGAAGAGAUGUGAAGGAUGGAGGGGGUGCGUUAUUAGGAUACUGCGGCGGCUUGAUUGGGGUGGGGGUGGGGGCGUGUGUGUGAAUGUGAGAAAGCAAGAGGCGUGCCAGGCGAGCGCGGGAAAGAUUACCGGGGAGGCAAGUGUACAUAUCUCUCCCCAGCAUCUAGGCUUGCUGCAGCCCCUGACUGGGUAAGGGGUGUGAUGGGAGAGUGGGGUGGGAGGGGGCAGCAGGCGGGGCCUGCCACGUCACUUGGGGAGUGUUGGGGAGGAAGGGCAGAGCGGAGAGCUGAGCCUGCUGCUGCUGCUUCUGCUGCUGCUGCUGUUGCUGCUGUUGUUGCUGCUGCUGCUACUGCUGUCGCUGCUGCGGGUGUAGCCAAGGCUUGAAGCUGUGGGAGGUGGGUCCCUGCGCUUCGGCGCCUGGGCAGCCCCAGGGCGGUCCCAAGGCCUGUGGAACAGCUCCUGGGAAGAAGGUGGCGGUUGGAACCGCGACCUUGGCCAGACCUAGUUCGGUGGUGGACGUAGGGCGGAGGCGGAGGCCGAGCCCGGGCAAGAGUCUUUGGCGAGCCAGAGGGAGGCGCUUCUGGCGCUUCGGUACCAGCGGCAAUCCAGGGUCUUGUAAGGCUGGAGAACAGCAGGACCGGGAGAGAGCCAGCAGGUCUGGAGGGCGGACUCGUGGGUCCUCGAGCCCAGUUUUAGUCACCACUGGGAGCUAAGCCACGCGUCUUUUCGGGCAGCCAGUUUCACGCGCGCGACAGUUUGCGGGUUCCAGGCAUCCCAGUAAUCUUGAGCACUGAGGCGUGGCUACUGGGAGCCAGAGCCACAUCCCAGAACUAGCCUGGCAGAGGAACCAGCUGCAGGUUUCACCGACCUAACCGCCAGGUCGGAUCGCCGGCCCCACCCUACAAGAGGGCGCAGCCGGAGCUGGUAAGCGUGUGCCGCGCUCCCGAGUUCGUGUCGUGGGCGCCGUCCUAGUGGCGGGGAGCGCACCGCCAAGGGGACAUGAGAUCGGAGAAAUCCUUGACGCUGGCGGCGCCGGGGGAGGUCCGUGGGCCGGAGGGGGAGCAACAGGAUGCCGGAGAGUUCCAGGAGGCCGCGGGCGGCGGUGGCUGCUGUAGUAGUGAGAGGUUGGUGAUCAACAUCUCGGGGCUGCGCUUCGAGACGCAGUUGCGCACCUUAUCGCUGUUCCCCGACACGCUUCUGGGAGACCCUGGCCGCAGAGUCCGCUUCUUCGACCCCCUGAGGAACGAGUACUUCUUUGACCGCAACCGACCCAGCUUCGAUGCCAUCCUCUACUACUAUCAAUCCGGGGGCCGCCUGCGUAGGCCGGUCAACGUGCCCCUGGACAUCUUUAUGGAAGAGAUCCGCUUCUAUCAGUUGGGGGACGAAGCCCUGGCGGCCUUCCGGGAGGAUGAAGGUUGUCUGCCCGAAGGUGGCGAAGACGAGAAACCACUCCCCUCCCAGCCCUUCCAGCGCCAGGUCUGGCUCCUCUUUGAGUACCCGGAGAGCUCUGGACCUGCUCGAGGCAUCGCCAUCGUCUCAGUGUUGGUCAUUCUCAUCUCCAUCGUCAUCUUUUGCCUGGAGACCUUGCCCCAGUUCCGUGCAGAUGGGCGUGGCGGAAGCAAUGAGGGUAGUGGGACCCGCAUGUCCCCGGCCUCCAGGGGGAGUCACGAGGAAGAAGAGGAGGACGAGGAUUCCUAUGCAUUUCCCGGUGGCAUUCCCCCUGCGGGGGUGGGGACCGGGGGAACGUCCUCAUUUAGUACUCUCGGGGGUUCCUUCUUCACGGACCCUUUCUUUCUGGUGGAAACUUUGUGUAUCGUCUGGUUCACUUUUGAGCUCCUGGUGCGCUUCUCUGCUUGUCCCAGCAAGGCGGCCUUCUUUCGCAAUAUCAUGAACAUCAUUGACUUGGUGGCCAUCUUCCCCUACUUUAUCACCCUGGGCACCGAGCUAGUGCAACGUCACGAGCAGUCCGUGAGUGGUGGCAGUGGCCAAAAUGGGCAGCAGGCCAUGUCCUUAGCCAUCCUCAGGGUGAUUCGCCUGGUCCGGGUGUUCCGCAUCUUCAAGCUCUCCCGCCAUUCCAAGGGGCUGCAGAUCCUGGGUAAGACUUUGCAGGCGUCCAUGCGGGAGCUGGGGCUACUCAUCUUCUUCCUCUUCAUCGGAGUCAUCCUCUUCUCCAGCGCCGUCUACUUCGCAGAGGCAGAUGAUGAUGACUCGCUCUUCCCUAGCAUCCCAGAUGCCUUCUGGUGGGCUGUGGUUACAAUGACCACGGUAGGUUAUGGGGAUAUGUACCCCAUGACCGUGGGGGGCAAGAUUGUGGGUUCAUUGUGCGCCAUUGCUGGGGUUCUCACCAUUGCUCUGCCGGUACCGGUCAUUGUCUCCAAUUUCAACUACUUCUAUCACCGAGAGACAGAACAGGAAGAGCAAGGCCAGUACACCCACGUCACUUGUGGGCAGCCUACACCAGACCUGAAGGCAACGGACAAUGGGCUUGGCAAACCUGACUUUUCUGAGGCUUCACGAGAACGGCGGCCUAGCUACCUUCCAACUCCACAUCGAGCUUAUGCAGAGAAAAGGAUGCUCACUGAGGUUUGAUGGAUGCAGGCAGGGCCUGCAGGAAAACGGGAGCUCUGAGCAAGCCAUCUCUCAGGCUUCCUUCUCAUGCUCACUACUCCCGCCCUAGCUCCAGAGGACCUCGAACCCCCUCCCCCGUACCCAGUACAUGGCAUCCUGGACCAAAUACCUGGACUGUAGACUGUUGCUCAAUCCUCGCAGCAUUCGAGGUUUCUCCAUCUUAGUGACAUUUUGGAAAUUUCAACGGUGCCGCCCAAUCAUACCCAUCUGUCAAGUGGAUGAGAUACAUAUUUCUGCCUGACCUUCCCUCAAGACUGACUCUUCAUGCCUGGGUCUUGUAAUAUCACUAGGAAUGGUGACGUCAAUAGAAUAGGAAGCAGCUCUACUCAGGUCCCUUCUUUACCGUCCUUUGCUUUGGGUCAUGCACCUUCCUUAGCUUCUGGCCACUUGGUCACUGACAGAAUCUGGAGACUGGAAAAGAAUUCAACUUGCACUUUUAGCUCAGUGCCCGAUCCACCUUCUGGCUGGUAGAGCUGUCAGCUGCACAGUUAUUCAUGCCUAAAUUUGGAUGGAAUUAGAGCAAACACUACCCAACUGGAUUAUUUGAAGGACCUGAGGGUCAGUUCUAGACCAAAGGGGCUGGUCGAUUCCUCUAGGUGUGAUCUGGCACAGGGGACCCUGGCUGGGGUCCACAUAAAUCCUCUCUACUCGAAUUCUCUGACUCCCUUGAGCUUCCAGGAAGACUCCUUCUCAGAGCCAAAUAUUCUUUGUGCGAGCAUGUUUGUGAGCCGAGGAACUGGAAAAUGGAACUACAGAGCCAGGAGAGGAGGCUGACCAGAGCCAAGUGACUGGCUGGGCCAUAUAUCUGACGCUAGGUGCCACUUAGCAGAGACUGUCACCUUGGACAGGCAGAGGGACUCUGCUGCAGACAGCAGCCAAUUCUCCCUAGUUAGCCCAGACCUCUCUAAGGUAUCCUCCAUCCUUCUUCCUGGGACCUAGGAUUGCAGAUGAUUUUUUUUUUUUUAAACAAAGCAACCUCAGCUUUAUCCUGCAGACAGGUGAGUUCACACAUUGAAUGCCAGCAUAGCUCUCCUCCCCUGCCACGGGCAACAGCACUUGGUUUGGAGCCAGAAACAGGCACACGGUCAUUUUGUUGACAGCCUCACUCUUAGGGGAUUUUGCUGAGUCAAGCAAAUGUUUGUCUGCUCUGCUCUUCCUUUGGAGCUGCAUUUGGCCUGCUCUAACUGCAAAGGUAACUCGGUGGUCCCCACUUGGACCAAGCCAUCUUCUCCCAUUGUGAAACCACCACCACCCCUUCCAGCUACCUACUGCCCCCCUCCCCAAGUAACAUUGCCCUUCAGUUUGCCUUUGACAAACUGUGAUGUACUGUUCUCAGUUCUCACGGGUGCAGUUCUGAACCCCAAAGGACUGUUCCCGUGUUUUUAAUUUUAUAUGGACACUUUAAGACUCUUUGAAGGGAAUGCUUUUUAAAAAAGUUUUUUUCGAAGAGCAACUUACAAAGGGACUGACCUGGGGGUUGGCUUGAGAGCCACUAUGGCUCCAGUGAGUGACAGAUCAUGAUCUCGGUUUUGCCACAGCUUUACAGGGUAGCUUUGGUGUCACAGUCCCUCUUUGUGCCUCAGUUUCCCCAUCCAUUAAAUGAGAACAUUAAUGUCUUCCCCUCCCUACCUCAUGGGGAAUAUCAAUAAACUCACCCCGGAAGGUGGGGAAGAUGUUAUGCAAGUGUGUGAAUUAUAGUAAUGGAUUUGAGUUUUAGUUCAUUAUCCUGCCUUCCUGUCUCCCAAAGGCAAGGCCUUUCCCCAGAAGUUUCCACCUUGCAUCCAGAGCCUAAGACUAGGCCAUUGUAGACCAUUAGCUCUCUCAGUCUCUCACUGGCCUUUUGGGCUGGGUCUCCAUCCUCUCCCUUAUCCUUCAGAAUGGAGUGUAUUCUUGGAGUAGACUUGGUGGCCAGAGGUCACUUCACCUAGGAGACUGACUUCUCGAAGCCUGGAAUAUAGUAAAAGACAGGGAUAUUUAAGGCUCAGAGACCUAUUCCAAUGCCAGAAAGAAAGUGCUUUUCGUGUCCAAUCACUUUAGUUACUCCUGAGCCCACCCUGGUGGCCAAAGGGAUGCCCCUAGCUGAGGGUGAGUGUGGGGACAUGUGCGCAUGGAUCUCUGUGUGUGUAUAUAUCGUUACCCUCAUCACUGUCCUUGUCCUUAUGCAAACAUUGCCUUUUCAAGUCAGAGCAUGCCUGAAAGUAAAAGAUUUGUGGAGAGCCAGGCUCUCCAGGGACUCUGGUUGCCGUAGCAACCUUCCAGACUGUUCUCCCUACUGAUCUGGGUAUCAAGGGAGAAUAGACUACACAUCCCAGCUUCUUAAAUGGGAGCACCUCCUUUCUAUUGGUUUAGGCAUUGGUAGAACUAAAGACAAGGACUCAGGACCUUUGAAAAUGAGGAAGAAGUAGAUUCUCAACACUUCCUGCCUGAAUCUUUUUUCCUGGUUCCAUAUCUGGUCCCCGAAGCUGCCACAUCUUGCUCCCGAGUCUUCAGAAACUUGAAUGCUUAAAAGCUGCCCUAUGAAGCCAACAGCAACGUUAAGGUUUUCGAAAGGAGACCUCAGAGAGGGUACAAAAUGUCUCUUCCACAGCAGCCAGGCCGGGCCUUGAGGACAUGAAUGACACCAGUCUGAGGUGUCAUGGCAUUCUUGUCUUAGAUGCAGGCUUUUCCCAGAUCUAAGAGAGACCAAGAAGAGUGAAAUCUCUCCCUCCCAGGGAGCAACGUUUCUCCUGGCAAGAAGCUCAGAGGUGGCUCUUAAGAUGUCAUACAGAAGCUGAGAGGCAGUGACCCAAUCUAGUUUUUGUGGAGAAUUUGGUCCAGUGACCCCCUCCCUGUUUCUGAGCCUCCAUGUGGACAUUGUAACCUUGGCACCAGGAGUUAUAUGCACCGUGUGCUGCCUCCACAGCUGGAAUAGGAUCACAGCUGCCCAAGAAGGUGGGUCCAAGCCAUCCUAAUAACAGACUUAAGCCUGUGUGGGCUCCCAGAAGACUUCUUGGGACUGCCAAUUUCUGCUUGGGAUGAGGACACUCCUCCUGCCUAGCAUCCCAGAGGAGCAAGGGACAGCUGGCCUUCCUUGAACCCGAGAUGGAUGCUCAGCCAAACACCUGACCUAGAACAACCCAUCUUGGAGUAAGCCAACUGUGCAGAACAUGCCAUCUUACACGACAUUCCACGGGAAAAGCACCUCCGGGCAUUGGUUUCAGAAACACUACCUUGAUCCCUUGCCUAGGGAAUGGUGCUGCCCACAAUGGACUGAGUCUUUAUACAUCAAUCAACAAUCAAGACAUUCUCCCACAUACAUGCCUACAGGCCAACCUGAUCCAAAUAAUUCCUAAUUAAGAUGAAGACAUUCUUCACAUACAUGCCUACGAGCCAAACUGAUGCAGGAAAUUCCUCAUUAAGACUCUCUUCCCAGGGUCAUACUGCAUGUGGACCACUCGGGGAAACCUAUGCACACCUCACCGAGAGCGGCUGGACAGAGAACACCUGACCUUCAAGUUCUCUGGAGGAUGAGACUCCCCUCCCCGCUGCAUGACUCAGCAGGACAGCCCUUGGUGCCUUCCACAGCAGUGACUGGGACAGAAAGGGCUGAGACAGGGGAGUUCCUCGUAGUUAAAGAUGGGAUUCUGAAUGCUGGGGGUGGGGCCGUAGGAGGAGAGUGAGAGCUGAUGGUAUGAUCAAAAGAGAAAGGGUGUUGGGAUGAUAUGGAAGCAUACGAAUCCAGGACUGUGCUGCGGAGGCACCCAGGCACGGGCUGGCUGUGGAAGAGGAACUAAUAAAUAAAUGGCAGUCUCAGAG